AGCGAAAGGCAGGCCAGUCAGCCUGAGCCUGCAGUGCUACUCCACAUAAAUACCCACACUAGCCACAGUCGGAACCCUAGCUAGGGCCAUGGAGAAGGAACUGGUCGGUAGGUUGGAGGCCGCAGUCGCGCGCCUCGAGGCCCUUGCGGUGGCUGGAUCUCGCGCCGCGCCGCCGGGCCUCGUCGCCGACGAGCCCGACGCCGUGGAUCCGGCAAUCGCUGCAUUGGACGAGCUGGUCCAGAACUACCUCGGACGGCUUUCAGCCGCUGCUGAUAAGAUCGGGAGCAAGGUUCAGGAGACCACCAAGAUCCUGGCGGAGGCCUUCUCUGUGCUCAAGGAGCUCCUCGUCAAGGCCAAGCAGUGCCAGAAACCUGAUCUGGCUGGUUUACAAGAGUUCUUGAAGCCACUCAAUGAAGUGAUCCUUAAAGCAAGCGUCUUGGCAGAAGGAAAACGGACUGAGUUUUUCAACCAUUUGAAAACCUCUGCAGAUAGUCUUACAGCUUUGGCUUGGGUAGCUUACUUGGGAAAAAAUUUAGGCAUGAGUAUGCCAACUUCUCAUGUGGAAGAAAGUUGGCAGAUGGCUGAAUUCUAUAACAAUAAGAUUCUUGUGGAAUACAGGAAUAGAGAUGCAAACCAUGUAGAAUGGGCAAAAGCUUUGAAGGAGUUGUAUAUACCUGGAUUACGAGAUUAUGUAAAGAAAUUUUAUCCCCUAGGUAUUGUUUGGGGCUCUUCUGGUGCUGCAGUUCUUUCUUCAUCAGCAACCACUCCUGUGGCAAAAGGCCCUCCAGGAAGGGGCCCUCCUGCUCCUCCCCCUCCUCCUUCAACAGCACUUUUUGCCUCUGAAGCUGCAACAUCACAAUCAAAGGAGGGAAUGUCUGCUGUCUUCCAAGAGAUCAGCUCUGGCAGAUCCGUAACUUCAGGUCUGCGGAAAGUCACUGAUGAUUUGAAGACCAAAAAUCGAGCAGAUAGAGCUGGUGUCGUUGCUGCUACCGAAAAAGGCUCUCGUGCUAGUUCCUUCUCCUUCUACAAAGAAGGGCCUCCAAAACUUGAGCUUCAAAUGGGUCGCAAGUGGGUUGUUGAGAAUCAGAUUGGAAAAAAGAAUCUGGUUAUUGAUGACUGUGAUUCCAGGCAAACUGUAUACAUUUAUGGGUGCAGAGAUUCAGUUUUACAAAUUAAAGGAAAAGUGAACAACAUUACAAUUGAUAAAUGCACCAAGAUGGGUACUGUAUUCACGGAUGUUGUGGCUGCUUGUGAAAUUGUGAAUUGCAAUGCUGUUGAAUUGCAAUGCCAGGGUUCAGCACCAACAAUAUCGAUUGACAAUACAUCAGGUUGCCAAUUGUACCUGAGCAAACAUUCAUUGGGGGCUUCAAUAACCACUGCCAAAUCAAGUGAAAUUAAUGUACUUGUUCCAAAUGCUGGUCCUGACAGCGACUGGGUAUCAUGGUAUCAAGAAAGCUAUAUGGCUAAUGCUUAUUGACAACUCUGCUAAAACUCAAGUUGAUCAAGUGAAAUAUAAUGAAUGGACUAUGGAGCGUGGACUUUAUAACCUUGCCUACUUACAUCUAGCUCAAGGGCGUGUCUACUGUAGGGAAAGGAGCCCAAAUAGAGGGAAAGAAGAGGAAAGCAGCAAGAUUCACUUGCCUUCAGGGAAAGGAAGCAAUUUGAAAUUCUCUUCAUUACUUUUGGAAACACUUAUGAGGAGAGAGAAGUGAGGAGAGAAAUCAUGAAAAGUGGAAGGCACUUCUAACCUCUGCAGUAGCUCCUGUCCUGUCUCCUGUCGAUUGUUCUUGCUGGCAUGUUCCAUGCAAUGCAAUCAGCAAGUGCAAACCAGCUCUGCACACUACCACUGGCAUUGUUCCCAGCCAGCAUUUCAGUGGUACUAGACAGUUUUACCAUCUACACUCUCUGUAUCUUCUGUUGGUUGUCAUUGCUGGCUUGCUCUUUGCAACACGAGCAAUUAGUAUAGACCGAUUGCAUCUAGCUGUCAGCACCACAGACACUGAUUUGCACCUCUCCAUGGGCUGAAAAGGAGAAGAGGAGAAAGAUGGUGAGGCAAAUGGGUCAUGCGGUAUGAAUGGAACGUACCUUUUUUCUCAAUUUUCUUCUUCCUUUUGGCUAGAAUGAUCUGGGAUGAAAAUGAGUUUUUUUCUUUUUCUAUUUUUCUUCCCUGCGUCUAUUCCCUAAAUUUCCCCUAUUUUUAUCCCCUCUAAAAUCUUCCACUGUUAACAUACCCAAAUGAAUAAAAUCCUUCCUAGCUUUGAAAUUGUGGCUGGCUUCAUCAAAAUUGAGUGGAUAAAUGCAAAACAUUCUUGCAUCUAUAUGUCAGGAAGCUGAAACUUUUGCAACCUAAGGGACCAUUUAACAGUCUGUCCAACUUAGGAUAUCCUUGAAGCAAACUUAAUCCAAUUUGAUUGCAUUUAUCUGAAGCACAGUUGGCAAAAACCAAUUCAAACACUCAAGUCUUAAAAUUUUCAUAGUUUACUGAUCCUGCCCACAAGCGUCGACGCCAAUCACCGGAUGACAAUGAGGAUAAUGACGUAGUUGGGCGCUUGGACAAAGAGAAAUAACGAGAAAAGGGUUAAAAUAAUAGCCAAGGAGUUUUCUGGCGUAGUCACUCCGACGCUCAAGUUAGAGGAUGAAGAAGAUGAAUAUUAGGAUUUCAAUGUAUAUAUAUAUAUACCUUGGAGAUUGAAAAUGACUAUCUUUUAUAGAGGAAAAGUAGACUUUUUCAAUCCGUUCCGAUCUUCAUGUAAUCACUAUUUAAUUCCUUAUAACCAAGAUUGACAUAUUUUUUCCAUCUGUUCCGAUUUUCAUAUUGUUAUUAUUUAAUUCUUUAAAUAAUAUAAGAUUUAUUUAUGUCGUUGUCUUUCUCCUAAAAUAACUAAGAUUUGUGCGAUGAUUAUUCUUUUCCUGAAAUGACCCCUUAUCUUAUAUGGCUGAGGGGCUAGGAGGUCUGAAUAGCUAUGAAGCUAGGAGGCCUGAUAGGUAAUGGAGCUGAGAGGCCGAGUAGCUACGGCGCCGGGAGGCUUGAGUAGCUACGGAGCCAGGAGGCCUGAGUACCUAGGCACCGAUCUGAUCUCGGAACCAUCUUAGCAGAUUCACUAACUUCCUGUCCACAUGGCGUCCUACCUUCUACAAAUAGCAUAUCAUCUCAGUAGAUUGUAAUUGAAAUGUUUUUCUAGCUUGCAUGCUUUUCUAUUUUGGCACCAAUAUGAAACUGAGAAGAAUUUCCGCUGAUAAAUUUUUUUUAACAAAAACAAAUUUGAUGUACUUAAACAAUGUCAACGCCAACCUUUUGGGCUUGUUGCCCCAAAACUAAGCGGUUCACAUGCCUUGAGUAAUCAUGUAAAAGGUUGACCCACUAUGAAUUUUGAUCA